UUCAAUUCGGGUAACCCCUCUAAGGGAAUUUCUCGUCGAAACGGUAAUACGCAUGCGUAUGGCCUCCGCAAUUGGUGGUCUUUUCCUCACAGCAGAGCCACAUCCUCCCAGUUCCAGCAUUCCAUCCAACCUUGUCAGAACUAAUUGACUGCGAUGGCUGAUGACGGAGAUUUCGAUUCAGGAGAGUCUGGUGCCUCUAAGACAUAUCCUGCUCAGUGUUCCACUCUCCGCAAAAAUGGCCAUGUGAUGCUGAAGAGCCGCCCCUGCAAAAUUGUGGAGAUGUCCACCUCUAAAACUGGAAAACAUGGACAUGCUAAGGUUCAUCUUGUCGGUAUUGAUCUUUUCACUGGGAAGAAGUAUGAAGAUAUCUGCCCAUCUACUCACAAUAUGAAUGUGCCCAAUGUUGCACGCAAUGACUUUCAGGUUUUAGAUAUUGAAGAUGAUGGUUUCCUCUCUCUAAUGGGUGAUGGUGGAGAUACUCGUUCUGAUCUCAAGCUGCCUGAAAAUGACCUUGGUAAAGAUAUUAAAGACAGGUUUCUUAAAGAAGAGACAAUCCUGGUUACUGUGCUAAAGGCAGUUGAUGAAGAAUGUGUCGUUGGAUUGAAAAAUCAAUCAAAGUAAUAGAGAUCUGUUGUCCGGGAAACCUGCUGAUUCCUACAAAAAGGAUGUCUGCAAUUCAUCUUACGUUGGGAGGUGUUGGGCUCAUCAAAGCAACACAUUCAGUUAAUGCAGUAAGGGUCAAAUUGGAUAUUGAUCUGGCUGACCCUUUGGACAGUGUUUGACAAGGAACCGGUCAUUUACUGGCCAAAAUAUUAGCCAGGGCAAUGAUCAUUGGUCAAAUCUUUCAUUGACGAGAAGAUUUUCCAUGCUCCCCUGCAUAACUUGUUGGUUUUUUGGAUACAAACUGGUUAGUUCGUCCAGUGUUUUUGCUUAAAUGCAUAAUUCUCCCAGACUUCCAUAGCCCAAGGUCUGUUGGUAUACAUACAUGCAUUACAAAGCUGUUUCAAGAGUUGGUUUACAUAUAGACAGUCAAACCUCGUUAGUAAAGGAAUGUUGUAUCAUCAGGAAUGAGAAUACUGAAGAACAAAGAACUGAGACCUAAACAUUUGCUUAGUUUAAGCAAAAUGUUGUAUAAACAGUGCUCAUAUAAUUUACGAGGUUUGACUGUACUUGACAUAUUUACUGAUUUUCGGUAGUCUUCUAAUAAACGUUUCAACAACUUUCUAACGUUCCGUUGGACAGGAGUACUGAGUGGGAUAUUGUAAAAAACUUUACUUCCUCAUGUCCACGUUUAGGCAGUUUUUGUCUGUGGUGUCAUGUCAUUUGCAAGUGGCAUGUGCUUUGCCAUCUUUUGUUUUUUUGGUUUCUUUUGUUUGGGGGGGAAUUGUUUGGGGGUGCCUUUUUCAUGCAAUUAACGGUGUUCCGUGUCAAUAUAAAACUACUGAGAUAUGUCACAAAAAUUUGAUUAGGGCUUUGUCAGUCAAUCACAUGAUUAAGGAUAUAUUUGCUCAAAAAAAUGAAGGGGUGAAUCACUCAGUUUCUGUAUUUUGGAAGUUUGUUUGGGGGGAUAUGUUUUGUGAAGUUAAAUAGCUGAAUAGCUUUUCAUAUAUUUAAAAUAGAUUAUUCCAAAGUCACCCUCGAUUUGUUUUUAUUCAAGCAAAAUCUUUUAAGGCAAAAAUUAAUCUUGUAAAGUGUAAAGUAGUAGUGUAGGCCUUGUGGGAAUCCCAGCCGGUUAAACUGCUUGGGAAUUGUCAGUUAUAAUUGGCAAGAGCUGUGUUUAUGCCUCCAGCUCCCUUGGGACCCUCAACCUGACCAUGUUUGCCUUGAUUUGGCAUAAAUGAGAGCACACACGAUUUGUGUUUUCCGCUUAACCUGUCAAUGGCUCUGUUGAUCUGCUAAUGGCUUGCGGAUAUGCUGCCUCACUCUAGCAUAUUGUGAUCUGCCCGGGUUUUUCCACCAGAAGCGACAGUCGCAGAAGCCACAAAUUCAUGGAUGUCCCGAAACUAUAAUCUAUAACAUGACAUCAUGCUUUGUUUAUACAUUGGAAGGUGUAAAAGUGGACAAAGUGUGAUUUCACUAUGUUGGGUCAAUUCAGUGUUUAGGCCUAUUUGGUAUAUUUGGCAUCCGUAGAGGGUACCGUUUGAAUAACAUGACUUGUGGAGGGAUCACAUGAAUCUGUAUAUGCCAAUUUAAAUGUGCUGACGUGAUCCACUGUCAGGUGUUCUUAUUGUCGGUAAUAUGCAUAAUCAUUUGUGUUCCGCAAAUUGAAUCCUCCACCGUGAACAACAUGCCGUGUCUGAAACCGAAGCCUCUCCGAUACGGCGUCGGCUGGAUAGCAUAGACGUAUGAUAUUGAAACGCUUUGGUGUUAAACGGCUCCGCACUUCAAUGAGAAAGAUUUUCAGUCCUGUGCUGUAACCAAUAGAAAAUCGGCUUGGUAGUGUCCAUUGAAGCCCGAUUUAUAUUUGUUUUCCUACACCUUUCAUUUGAUUUGAAUUUCUCUUAGAGUCGUUACUGGUCAUUCCUUGCUUGCGGUCAGUAGAUUCGAAAACACGUCCCUAUUGCAUGGAACUUCAUACAAUGACCAGUUCUGGAAUUUGGGAUCAUUUACUGUUGCAUGUUUCCUUAAUAAAUACGUACAUGUAUGAUAAAUAAAUACUGGAUGUCUUGAACCCAGAAUUAUUUCUAGAAAAUAGUUGAGACUGUUAGGCUGUACAGGUACAGGUAGUCAGUAGGUGUAGACAUGUUCCUUGUUUAGGGGAGGGGGUUGAAGGUGUUGAGGUGCAUUUUAUACUCAUUUCAAAUGAAACGGGUUUGGGAUGGGUACAGGAAUGUUUCUGGGAUGUUAGUUGACACUUGUUAAAGUGUAAGGUUGGGGAAUUGUCAAAUCAUACUGGAUUUGAUUGGGUUAACUUAAGUUGGAAUCAAAGCCUUGCAUAUGUAAAGCGUAUCAUGAAACCCAUAGUAGUGUAACUCUCGUGUAUCGGGAAUUUUGCUGCGCUCAUGGAUCGAAGAUUGGGUAACAACUAUGUCAACAUUGCAAGUUUAUGGAAUGGAAGCCUUCAUUGCACAAUGAUUUUGAUAUGCUGUCUGCAGUUAAGUGAUGUUAAACCUAAAAGUGUAUUUGGACCUAUGAACAAGAUUAAUGGUGAUUUUUUAAGAUUUGUGCUUCGAAUAGCAAAUCAAAUGACUCAAACGGCUUGAAAGUGCAUAUGUACCAGCAAGACAUUGUGAACUGGACAUGUACUUCUACAAGACUUUAAAAGGCUGGUGUUAGCAAGUGUCUUAAAGGGCUUUCUAUUGACCCCGAUCUUGUACGUUAUGGAAUGGCUCGCUCCAGUACACCACACACUUGUUACCAGAUUUAGUGAGCCUGGUUUUCAUAGAUGGUGUUUGCCAAAUAUUGGGUCGGUUGCAAGACAUGCCGAAAGUUUGAGAGUCGAGGACACAUUUUGAGGAGCCGCUCGAUGAAAAGAUUCUUGAAAGUAAGGCUCCGAGAAUCGGCACUUGUGCUUUGCCUCGUCCUAAAUGUCCUUUUGGACUCGGCAACCUAGGCCGUUCACCCCUCCCCCGACUGCAUGACUCUAAAUGUUUAGUUAAGGAUUUACUGUCUUGAUUCACAAAUCGAAAAGAAUUCUGCAGCAAAAUCAUGAAAAACGUGCGUCGCCUAAAGACCAAUGUUAGGCAUACAUUUAUCGGUAAUUUUAUGGGUAUAUAGGAAUAUUCUUGGUCGUGAACGUAGGCCUAUGUUUUCCGUCUCAUAAAAAAAAAAGCAAAAGACGAUCCCGUUGAUGCUUAUGAACAUUUGAAGCGAUUGUUCGAGGUGAAAAAGAAUAUUCUAGUGCUUGGGUUCAAAAAUUGCAGACGUUAAAUUAAGAUCAGAUAAAAUAUGAUUGGAAAGCGUGCGAUUGUUGCUAGUCGAGUCAUCUAUUCAUAUUUUGUGAAUAUUGCAUGUAUGGAAUGAUUAUUAACCAAAACUUAUGUACAGCAAAAUUUUUUCCAUUUUGUGUUGAAUUUAUUGGGCGUUUAUUUACAUCGUCAUUAUAAUGUGAUCAAGUUUGUCAAAACAUUUUCAUAAGUAUUUUGAUGUCGGUUUCUGUCCCCUUUACAUGAAUAACACUGGUAUUCUAUGAGGUAUAAAUGUCCUAUCAAAAAGGACACAAACAUAAUUUAUCGUUUGCCUUUUUGAUGGGUGAGUAUUGUGAGUCGAUUGACUUUUUUUUUGGCAUUGCUCAAAACCGUAUGUCUUCAGUGUCUUACUGAUAGAUUUUGGUUCAUUUUGCAUUUUUACGAAGUAGGUUUACAAAUUGUUUAUAAAACUAGUUAAGAAGAAAACGAAAUGGAGAUAUUUUAGUCUGUGACGCACUUUUUGCUUGUGAUGUUGACCAUUCCUUUUUUCUUUUCUUGUCCUUUGAUGUUUUUGUUUUGUUUGGGUUUCUUUGCAAUGUCCUGUUUUUCGAAUUGUAUGAUGAGAAUUUAUAUUUUCAUGGUAAAGAUGUGAAGCAAGCAGGGUCGAAUGAUUUUUGCUGUUAAUUUGCUGUACAUGUUCCUAACAAAUUACAUGUACGUGUAACCUUGA